GAACCGGGCGGCGCUAGGACCGCGGGGAGGGGCCAGGCGAGGUUGGGCCGGAGUAAGCACGGUGCACUUUUCUGUCCAUUCAUUCAUCUUUCAUUCAUCGAUCGCCUUGACAUUAAGCUGUAAUAUUUGCUCGGCAGACGACCAAAGACUGUUAGAAGUGAAACGGGGAGCAAUGGGACGAAGAGCCAGGGAAAACAGGCACUUGGAUACGGAGGAUGUCUUCCUGGAGUCAGAGACUUCGAUGGACCAGCAGGAUUUGAGCGAGGUGUCUAUUAAUAACAUCUUCGCCGGCGAUGACUCCUCAGUGGAGCAGAUGGACACGUUCUUCAAAAAUGUUCAAGUUUUAUUGGAAGCGGCCAGUUUUAUAGAGAGAAGCGAGAAUAAAAAUGGAAAAUGUGAACAUGGAUAUGCAUCGACCUUUCCUUCCCAUCAGGACUCCAGUUAUCAAAGGCAAAGAAAAUUCAGGAAUAAAAAAUAUAACAACACCCACAACAGGUCGACGCACAACGAGCUAGAGAAGAACAGACGAGCGCACCUCCGGUUAUGUCUGGAGCGAUUAAAGGCACUUAUACCACUGGGACCAGAUUGCAACCGACACACAACAUUGGGGUUGCUGAACAAAGCCAAGGCACAUAUUAAGAAACUUGAAGAAACAGAUAGGAGAAGCCAACACCAGCUGGAGAACUUGGAGAGGGAGCAGCGGCACUUACAGAGACAGCUGGACCUGCUUCGAGGGAUCCAGAGUGGCGAGCGAAUAAGAAUGGACGACAUAGGAUCUACCGUGUGUUCUGACCGCUCGGACUCUGAAAGAGAGGAGAUCGAGGUGGAUGUGGAAAGCACAGAAUUCUCCCAUGGAGAAAUGGAUAACGUGAGCACAACCAGCACCAGUGACCUUGAUGACCACAGCAGCCUGCAGAGCAUGGCCAGCGAUGAGGGCUACUCCAGCUGCAGUGUUAAACUUGCCUUUACUACCUAGAGCCCAAUGGUGGCCCGGGGAUGACGAUGAUGGCAGCUGGAAUCCCUGAGGUGCACAGACCGACCGCGUGUGAAUCUUGCUUCAGAUUUUUGUUUUUCUUUUUUUUCCCCCACAGCCUUAAUUAGUAAAGCAGGAGAUCUUUGCAGGUCAUGAAAUCAAACACAGUAUUAACUUGUGUCGCGCCGCGCUAGCAUAAUGGCGGAGAAACGCAACGCUACAGAGGUGGCGUACAUUGGAUUAGGCGGGUUGGAGAAGUUUUUCCUUUUUUUGUGGAGUGAACUGCACCAGUUUGAAAUCAAAAGCAAUGGUCCGUCACAGAAUUUGAUAUCUGUAUUUUUCCAGAAGCAAUUUUAACGCCGGAUCUUGCUGGUCAUGGAGUUGAGAGGAGUCGGCAAUUUGCUCUUAAGAAUUUAUCUUAUUUAACUUUUCUAUAUUUAUUAUAUUUUGUUGUUAAUGUGGUAAUGCGAAACAGAUCACAGGGCAUGAUGUGACUUAUCUCUGUUAAAUCUCUUGUAAAAUAUAUUGAAAAUGUUAUUUUUUAGUAGAAAAAAAAAACAAAAGACAAACAUCCAUGGAAGGGAAAAUACGCAGUCAAAUUAGGUGCAGAUUGCAAACUGGGAAGACUGGGAGCAGAUCUACAUAGGAAAAAAAAAAACAGAAAAACUGAAGCAAGUUCACAUCUAAAUCCAGGGGGCCCAGUGGGCUAACAUCUUACUGUCACAUUCUUCUGGAAAAUGGAACAAAACAAACUCUAAAAGCUGGGAUUGCAACUCCUUGCCAUAUCAACAUUUCUGCUGGUGAACAUUGUCAAUGGUGUAGCAGUUUACCCCAUCGUGCUCUACCACCCCAGCUCUAAGAUCGGUGCUAAGCUGAUUUCAUGUCGUCAUAACAGUCACAAUGGCUACACAGCAUGGCCUUUCACGUUGACCAGGAAGACAGAUACGACAGCUGUUCAGAAGUGUGGUAAUGCAAUAGAAAAGGAAGGGGAGAAAAAGAAGGUGGUCCCCUCUGGAAUGGGUUAGGAGGUCCAACCAAGGAUUCAAAUUACUAACACUUGUGAGCAAGAAUUUAAUAGCAGAGUCCUUAGCAAUAACAGCUACUCAUUUUGACUUGACUGUCCUGUCACGUACACGAUAAAAAACAACACUAGGCUCAGAAUUUAUACAAAAAUCAAUAGCAUUGUAUAAUGGGAACCAUCAGUACGAGCUUUAGAAUGCAACUGCGAUCAAACAUAAAAUCACAGACGUCCCUGAACAUGGCGAAGGGCACAGCACAAAGCAUCACUUGGACAAAACACUAAAACAAGGCCGAGCUGCCCCAAUGCCCCCGGGCACUUCACUGCUCAGUGCCCCAUGAAUGAUUUUAGUAAAGGGGAGGAAUGAGCAGAGGGAGCAUCACUCAGAUACAACACUAAAAGCCACUGUCUCGCCCCCACUGGGCUGGGGGUCACUGACCAGGCUUACCCCUCAACUCCCUGAUGACUGCGAGGAGACCAUUCAGUCCAUCAGCUUGUCCAAAUGCUUCUUAAAGGUUGUCGAGGUUUCUGCUUCACCUUGAAGCUCACCAGUGACUGCCCACUCUCUUCUGGCUGCUCAUCCUCCAUGCCAUUUAAAACUUGGCCUACUACUGGCAUCCAGAGACCCUUUAAAACCCCCUCUGGGGUUCACUUCCAGGAAGCCCUACAAAGUUGCCAGGUCAGAGUGCCUUCACUGCUACCUUGAGAGUCCACGAUUUUGUUUAAGAAUUUCGGGACCCCUGAAGUCCCACAGGACGCCCUUUCCCCCGACAUCCUUCUCUCACCCUGGUGCCUUAGAACGUUCUGCUUCCAGGGCUCCCUCUAUGAAUAACCAAGGGCCACCACAGCCACUGUCCAUACCUGUAAGCCUAAAAGCUGUGUUUAUUGGGCACAACAACACAAUAAAAGUCACCGCCUCCAAUUGUGCUUUUAACAGUGAGCACUACUCUGAGCUUCCUAAUAUUGUUGUGAGGGAAAAAAAUAAAUAUGGACACAAAAUCCAGGAUUGGUUCCCUGCCUUGUGCCCUGUGUUGGCUGGGAUUGGCUCCAGCAGACCCCCGUGACCCUGUAUUUGGAUUCAGCAGGUUGGAAAAUGGAUGGAUGGACAAAAUCUAGUUAUCCACCGUAGUAAAAGGAUACGUAUCUGUGUCUGUUAUUCCAACAGGUGGCGUAUCACAGACAUCUGUAGUAAUAAAAUGCAUUACAUUUGUUGUUCCAACAGACAGCACAUCACAAAUAUUAACAUUGUUAUAUGCCAUACAAUAUAGGAAAAGCAGAGAUAUAUGCAUUUCAUUUGUCAUUCCAACAGAUGGCAUAUCACAAACAUCUGUAGUAAAGCAUCUCGUUUGUUGCUAUAAAUGUUUAUGAUGCGCCAGCUGUUGGCAUCACAAAUGCACUACAAAAUACAUUCCAACAGGUGGUGCACUGCAGACGGUUAUAUUGAUUGCUUAGACUUCAAGCCGUCUUGGAUGCACAGCUACCAAAUGAAUUAAUUAUAUAGUGCCUUUCAUAAGCAGCACUAUAUCGGGAGUGCUUCACAAAGCAACCGAAGGUGACGCCACAAAGCAAAAUCAAUGUGUUCAUUAGGGGGUCCGAUAGAUGUACACACAUGGGCCGAAACGCUGCACUAUAACACUCUGCGACCCGAAAUGAAAGGCUCAGACUGAAACGCCGAAACACUCCCUCACUUCACCAGUUUUACAAAGAAGAAGCCAUCCAGUGAAUGACAGAAACGUCAAAGCAAAAUGAGUACAUUGUGGUGUUUCAUUUACUUUCAAAUGAAAACUACUAUUUUGUAAAAUGUUACGUGAGGCACACUUUUAUAACAUCCAUUUAAAAAUGAAUGGACAAAAGAAAAAAGCGAGAACUUGCCUCCAUUUUUAUAGCCAUGCUUGGCCACUGUGGCAAUGGCGGCUGAUUGUCUUGAGAUUUUUUUUCCCCAAGUUGCACUUGAGGUUUGGCCACUCUCUCUCCUCCUCCUUUAGUACUUCUUCGAGUUGUUGUUUUUUUUUAUUAUUUUAUUUUAAUUUUCCUUUAUUGAAAUGACCAACUGCUUUGCAUCUUUUUCUAUCAAUGGCCAAGACCUCGCCGAAGAGAUUUGGUUUAAAAUGUAUUUUAUUUUUUUUAAUUCAUGUUUAAUUUAAGAAUGUCCACCCCCAGAUAUAAAAGGUAACUUAUUGAUGGAUUCUUAGGUUGUUUUUGUUGGAUUUCUUUCAUUCUUGUUAUUUUUCCCUGUUUGGAGCGUUCGGAGGACGUAAAUAAGUUAUUAAUAAACAAAGUCUGAUCUAGCAGUGCA